AUGAAGUUAACCAUUAGUGUGGAAUCCUCAGGGAACAUUAUAUCUGCCGAUCUCCCAUCAUCGCUCUCGGUGGCUGAUUUCCAAGCUUAUCUUGAAGCAGAAACAGAUAUAGAUCCUGAAAAACAGAUCCUUAUACACAAUGGCAAGACUAUCCAGAAGGACAAGACACUCGAAGAUAUAGGUUUAAAGGAAGACGAUUUGAUCGUUUUGAAAGAGAAAAAUGCUCGGGCUGCCGUGCAAACCGAGCAAACUGACCAAGAUCCCGUCAAUCACCAGGUGGAAUUAUUGAGAUCGCAGUAUAUUAACAAUAGUCAAAUGAACACCCACCUUCGUCAGACCGACCCUGGACUUCAUUCGAAGCUCAAUGAUCCCGCGGCAUUCAAGGCGGUCGUCCUUGAACGGUUGCAGCAGGUGCAAAGCAGUGGAAUGGGCUCCUAUCGGUCGCCACAGCAGCAAGAAGAGUUCCAAAAACUUCAGGAAAAUCCCGAUGAUCCAGAGAACCAAGCGAGAAUAAUGGAGAUGAUUCGACAGGAAAGGAUAGAUGAGAAUAUGCAGCUUGCGAUGGAUCUUACCCCGGAAUCGUUCACGAGUGUCAAUAUGCUCUACAUUAACAUUAAAGUUAACGGUGUAAAAGUGCAAGCUUUUGUGGAUUCUGGUGCACAAACCACAAUUAUUUCUCCAUCUUUGGCUGAAAAGUUGGGAAUAUCUCGACUCAUAGAUCGGAGAUUUCGAGGUGAAGCUCGUGGAGUUGGUUCGCAGAUAAUUGAGGGUAAAAUCCAUAGUGUACCGAUCACAAUUGGUGAGUCCAACGUGGAAAUCCCUUGUUCUUUUAUGGUGGUUGACACUCCCGUUGAUCUCUUAUUUGGUCUUGAUAUGUUGAAAAGACACGGGUGUGUCAUUGACUUGCAGAAAAACGUGAUGACUGUUGGCGGUGUUAUCGAGACGAAAUUCUUGCACGAGCUGGAAAUAGAAUCUGAUCUUACCAAACCACAGCUAGGUGGUAAUAGACUUGGAUCAGGUUCCGGUCCUAGCGGUUUUGGUGGAAACCUAUUUGGUAAUGGAGAAAUGCCUGUUCCUCCAGCUAAUGCUUCUACACCACAGCCCACUGAGUCUGCGUCCAAACGCCAUAACUCUGGCCAACAGCUUAAGCAGCCUCUGGAGGAUGCUAUAAAGCAGAUUACAGCGUUGGGGUUCACGAGACACGAGGCAAUUGGAGCACUACAGAGCUGCAACGGUAAUGUUGAAAUGGCCGCAUCCUUGCUCUAUCAGUAA